AGACACCUUAAACGCGCGAACGGUGACGUACGUGCUCACAUUCAAGUCAAACAUUGCCCGGAAACCUGUCAAACCUCCCAUUUGUUCCCCCUCUUGUAUCUAACUCUGUAUCCCUUCGACGUCGGUGGCUUCCACUGUAAUCGACGUGCUCCACUAAGCCUAUGCAAAUUAAUGGCUGCCCAUUUGUUCGCUCUAGCUGAUCGGCGCUUUCAAGAGCAUUACUCUUUUUGGUUUGUGGUGUUCGAUAUCAUGCAGCGCCUGUACAGUUGUAUCUAUGACAAAAGUAAAGUGGGCCAAACGGGCCGGGCGAGAAGAGUGGCGGGUUCUGUCGUGUCAGGCGGCGUCCACCAGUGCAGUUAUCUACAAAGAUCGACACACCGAACGAAGUCGACGAGUAACGCGAGGGAGGGGAGGGAGGCAACGGUAAAUGCAAUGCGAAAGUGGAUUGACCAGACAGAUACGACCAGGCGAAGAUAUUAUGAAAUCCGACGUGCUCUAGGCAACCGGUGCAGGCCGGGGGUUAGGUACUUUACAAAAACAGGAUUAACUGAAGAAACGGAGAAAGGGCCGGGCGGUGGCGCCUUCAGUUGCGUUUGAAGGCUUAAGGGGUACCACAGCGAUGGGCAGUUGGCAGGAGUACUGGUUCAGACUAGCAACAGUUUGGACUGUUCGGGUUUUUGGACGGUAUAAAUUGUAGCGCCAUAGUUUUCCAUUCCUAGGACGAGUUUGAAGGUUUCAAUAACUGACCGAGAGGAACACACUGCGACGUGUUUGUUUAGGGGGGUGUAAGGGAUUAUGAUACAACAUCUUUCUUCAGACCUCCCAGGAUAGGCCGAAGG